GGCUGGAGCCGACUUUUGUACUCUUUAGUCUUUACGGUUGGUUUUGGUCUAAAAGCUGGCGUAGAAGUGGAGCAGAAAUAUUGGUACUUUACCAUUUUUAAUGUCAAAUUUUACCCACCAUAAAUAGAAGCUGAAUCUCCAUAUAGUUUUGUGUGUGGUUGGGAUUGUACAAAGCGGUGCCCACCCAGAACACCUUCAUGACUCCUCUCUUGUGUUUCUCUGUUUGACAUUUCCUGAUGCUCAGUAGUACAAACACAUGCCCAAAGAGUGGAAUUUUUGGAGUUUCAUGCUUCCAUAAGAGAAGCUAUAACUUAUUACACCAACGAACAUGGAGGUCAACUUGUUCUCCUUCUAGCCUAGUCGUACAUAAUCUCCCUCGAUGUGGUUUUAGAUGUACAAAGAUGUCAUCCCAAGUUAUGGAAAAGAUUGAAAAUAAUGUCCUCGUCAAAGAUUACCUGGAAGACUUGCCUCUUUCAUCUUCAUAUGAGGCUGCCAUGGAAGCCCUUUCUUCUCUUAUUACACGUCAGAAGCGCGGAGAGAAAUCAUCUAUUGGUGGUAAAUACGAAAAGUUGGAACGGAUGUCAAUGUAUCUAAAGAUACUUAGCUUGGAAGAAGAUAUAUUAGGACUAAAAAUUAUUCAUGUGGCUGGAACAAAGGGGAAGGGUUCAACAUGUACAUUUUGUGAGGCUAUUCUACGGGAGUGUGGUUUUCGAACUGGGCUUUUCACUUCCCCUCACCUAAUUGAUGUGAGGGAAAGAUUCCGUAUAAAUGGGUUGGAAGUUACUGAAGAAAAGUUUCUUCACUAUUUUUGGGAUUGCUGGCACAAACUGGAGGAAAAUAUUACGGAGGAUCUGCCAAUGCCUCCAUUGUUUCAGUUCCUCACAGUUUUGGCCUUCAAAAUUUUUGUUUCUGAACAGGUUGAUGUUGCUAUUUUUGAAGUUGGUCUUGGGGGAAAAACAGAUUCGACAAACGUGAUCAAAGAACCUGUUGUUUGUGGCAUUACGUCUUUGGGGAUGGAUCAUACAGAGACAUUGGGAACGACCCUUGGGCAGAUAGCUUCACAUAAGGCUGGAAUUUUCAAGCCUAAAAUUCCAGCAUUCACGGUAUCCCAACCUUCUGAAGCGAUGGACGUCAUUCAAGAGAGAGCCUCUGAGCUUAUGGUUCCGCUGGAAGUAGCGCCCACACUUGACCAUGAAAAGUUGGAGGGCUUAGAGCUUAGCCUGUCUGGUGAUCAUCAGCUAAUUAAUGCCGGUCUUGCUGUUUCCCUUUGCAAAUGUUGGCUUCAAAGAACAGGGAACUGGGAAAAGCUAUUUAAAAAUGAUAGCCUAGAAGGUGAGCUACCAGAGGCCUUUCGUAGAGGACUUUCAAGUGCAUAUAUUGCAGGAAGAGCUCAGAUAGCUCGUGAUACUUCUUCAGUGUCGUACACUUCAUCAAAUGUAUUUGAAAGCUCAUGUGGGGAUCUGAUUUUCUACUUAGAUGGAGCUCAUAGUCCGGAGAGCAUGGAAGUUUGUGCCAAAUGGUUCUCUAGUGCCAUUAACGAAAACGAGAAUUCUUUAAUUUCUUCUUAUAAGGUUGAAAACAUGAAUGGUAUUUUCCAGAAUGGUCACAUUCAACACGAAAGAACAAGCGUAGAGGCCUCCCGUAAAAUAUCAAAGCAGAUUCUUCUGUUCAAUUGUAUGGAAGUCAGAGACCCUCAAAUUUUGUUUCCACGGCUUUUAAGUACUUGUGCUUCCUCAGGUACUCAUUUCUCGAAGGCCCUCUUUGUCCCAAGCAUGUCGGCAUAUAACAAAGUUACAUCCGGUGCCUCAGUCAUUCCUUUAGAUAUCUCUAACAAAGACUUGUUCUGGCAAUACAGUCUACAGAGACUUUGGGAGAAGAUUAUUCAUGGAAAAGAAGUAGAUGUUGUUUCUGACAAAGGCUCCAGGAUUGAUAUUGCUAGAAAUUUGCCUCGAGAAUUUCUUUAUGAGGAUGCUUCUAAUUGCAGUCCUACAGAUAAUCAAUUCGCGUGCAGUGCAGUAAUGCCUUCGUUGCCUCUAACAAUAAAUUGGCUGCGGGAUUGCGUCAAGGAAAAUCCGUCUUUAAGACUUCAGGUUCUUGUCACUGGGUCAUUGCAUUUGGUGGGAGAUGUACUAAAGCUAUUAAGAAGGUGAUAAAAAUUAAAGAGAGAUACAUGAAUACAAGAUUACUCAAAACAUUCUUUAAGCACAUUGCUUUUAUUCAUUUCGCAUUUGUCCAAAUAAACAAGCUCAUAUUGCCCCGCUUAAGCCUGGCUUAACACAAAACUAGUUGUUAUCUUGUAAGUCACAUUCUGAUACAUUUUGUGUGUUUGCAAGAUCGAUUUAAUGUUGUACUAUUAGGAAAAAAGCAGUAUUCUAUUUGGUUUACUAUCUUUAUGGCAAUAUAGAUUUGAAUUUUUGUCCCCCCCAAUUCGAAGUCUCGAGUUUCUUUCCAGUAUAGGUGGCGCUUUGGGGGCGCGGCAAAAAAUGUGACAGCGGUGUGAUACGCU